AUGUCCACCAUCAGGUGGGUGCACAGGAAGGGGCAGAACUGCGAAAAGCGAGUCAUCUCCCUGAACGAAAUAAAAGAAAGGUACCUGAACGAUGCGGCAAAUCAGAGGAAGGACAAACGGAAUGGCAAAUAUUGUCCUGAUGGGACAAACACAGAGACGGAGAAAAAAAAGGGAAAAAAAAAACUAAUAACAUUUUACGAAAAGAGGGCAGAAAAAACUCUUAAUCAGCAAAAGGGAUUAACCGAAAAAAAUGUCAGUAACUAUUUUUGGAAAAAAAAAGCAACUGAUGGGAACAAUUUGGAAAAAAAAAAAUAUUGCUGUUCAGGUGAAAAAGGAGAAACGAAAAAUGGCUGUUCGGAGUGCGGCGGGGAAGUAGACCCCCUUGGUGAUCAACAUCGCAUGUUUGGUUACCAUAGCGAUAUGAAAAAAGGGGGAAUAGACAGACACGUUAGGGAGAAGAGCAACCUGUGUCCUCCUCCCCAUGAGCAGCAACACGUAAAUAUAAACCUAGACGUAAAUAUCCAAUGGAACAAGCAAAACGGGAAGUUUGAAAAGGAUAACUGCAAUGUAGGGGACAUAAGAACCUUCUACGGAGAUAAGCAAACGUGGAAUCCCAUACAGGUGUCCAUUAAUGAUAAGUGUCCUGAGGAGAAUGGCUACUGGAGUGAAUCCCCAAUAGGAUAUGAACAGGGAAGAAGUCGUAAAGAGGAAAUACCACACGCACGGGAGGGAGAAAAAUAUGAAAAGUACUUCCGUUAUGGUAACCCAAGGGAUGGUCACUACAAUCAGCAUAGCGCCCGUGAAUAUCUGCAGCGAAGCCAUAGUGGGGGCAAUCCCCUCCACAAAAACAGGCACAUGAACCGUUUUGCAGAAGAGUGUACCACCUAUGAUGGAAUGGGACCUUCCUCAUAUGUCCCCCCCGAAAAAAGUUACGGUGGCCACGCAUGGGAAAACCUCCACUACGAGACAGAAAAGGAGCAAAAUCAGUUUCGAUAUGACAGUCGGGGGAAACUUCACCCAGUGGGCAAGGCAGAGCGGCAUGAAGCUGAAACGUAUGAAAGGGGGGCUGAGGAGAAAGUCCAUCUGUAUGUUAAGAAAGCUCAGCCGUGUUUUCAGCACCUGCAGAAGCAUACUGAGAACCCUCUCCCAGAUCCACUCAAAAUGCAACCACCGAAGGAUAGGCAGAAAUAUUCCCAUCCGGUGGACCCAAAACGAAUUUACACCGAUGCAGAAGAGAAAAGUAAAAACUUUUUCCAAAAAAGGACAAGAUUUUUUCAACAAGUUGGCAAACGUGCAGAUAGUAACAGCGGCGAAAGUAGUCACUUCAGUGAACGUGGCCGGAUAGGCCAAGGUAAACCAAAAGGAGAAGGCAGUAAGGUCACCCCCCCGGAGUGUCUUCCCCCCACACACGAUCAUCACAAAACAGCCUAUCUUCUCAGUAGUGAGGAGAUUCUCAUCAGGGAAGCCAAACAACAAAAUAAAUAUGAACAGGAUGAAAAAAAAAAAAAAAUUAUUUUUUCAAUAAACAAAAUUAGUAACAUUUUUAAGAAAAGACUUUUUUAUUACUUAACACGUUUGAGGAAAUAUUCCUCGGUAAGAGCUCACCGUCCCGUCUACAAAAAGUAUGCCAAGAUUGUAUCCUCAGGGGAGCACCAUCAUGGGAAUAGAAACCGGGGUUCCCAUUCCCCAAUGUCGGGACGCACCGUACAAUACGCAUUCCCACGCAAGGUAGAUAUGCCCUUGUGGUCUUUUCAAAAAGUGCCAAACGGGGCGAAUUGUUCCGAAAGGGGAAUUCCCACAAGUAUGGGGGGAGAAACACCACAGGAUGGAAAUAAAAAAGAAACCCCUUUAGGGCAGAAGAAUAGGAAGAAAGUGAGCAUGGAGGAGACCAUCCAAAAGGGGGAAGUCGUACACCACAAUGAAUCGCUUAUACCCCGAUUGGCAAAAAAAAACAGCAGAGAAAAUUUUAAAAUGUAUAGGCAACUUUCCCAGAGGAAGGUACUAACGAACACGUUGAUUGAUAGCUUCAUCGAUGUAGACAUAAACGACCAACGGAAGAAGAAAAAGUAUUUGAAGUUUUUCUCUAUUUUGUUGUGCCUCUUCCUGAGGAGGCACAUGCACAGGCAGUUGUCUUCUUUCUUUUCGGUGAUCGGGUCGUGUCAUCGGCGGCAGGAAGAGAAGCGAAGCAUACGCAAAUUCAUCAACAGUAGAUUAUAUGCCGUGUCCAUCCUGGAGGGGGCACUAAAACGGAUGAAAAAAAAAAAUGCUCUCAGACAGUUGGCACUGUUGAAGAAGGAUAAGCAAACCCACAACCAUUACAGUGACAAACCCAUAGAAAGUACCAUUGUGAAGAGCGCACCUCACCAUGUUGGACCCUCACACCAGGAUAACACCACGCAUGAUAAGCUCGCUGGCGAAUGUACGGAGGAGAACAACAGGCCAAAGCUUACCUCCAGUAAAAGCCACGAAAAACCCUGCUUUGGUAAACCCAAAAUAUUUAGGACAGACGACUUUGCCAUUUUUUUCAAAAAAAAAAUAUUAAAAGAGAAGGACGAAAUUCUGCAGAAGUGCCUGCUCAGAUCCAAGUCAGAUGCACUGUUAGAUUUUUUAAAAAUGAGUAGAAUGGAAAAUUUUUCAAAAAAAGCUACCUGCAGUUCCGCCGUUUUAAAUUUCCCCGACGGUGCAUACUACAAUGACAACAUGAGAAGUUCCACUUUACUGGAUCGAUUCUUCACAGCAACCUACAGCCCAGAUGUGCGAACAUUGCAGCGAAGUACAUACGGAGAUAAAAUCCACCUGUCCUUUUAUGAACAUAUGACAGACAACUCUACGCUGAUACGCAGCUCAGUAAAUUACCAAAAGUGUCACAACAAACGGGAAACCUAUAUGCACUUUAAAAGAGAAUGUUUCGAAACGGGGGAACUUAACUCUGCAGGUUCAACUAGCCAAAGUGAUAACAGAGGUAAGGAACGUCUUACUACAAACAUAGCAGAUGCGGUUGAUGAGAAAAUGGGAUCCAUCUCCGAAGUCAUGAAUAAAUUGGGUUGUCUCAUCGGUGACUCUAACUUCCUGAACGGUGUAACGCCCGCCGGGGGAGACCAUAUGGACGAUUCCAGCGAGGAGGACGUGAAUGACAAAAGGUGUAGGAUGUUCUUUAAGCAGUUUAAGAAGCAGCUCACCAUGAAGUGCAAGGGGGCAACAUCAGGAGAGGAACAAUAUACCGAUGAUCGUCACACCGGGGCAGAACAUCUCUCCGAAGCGGACGGGACGCAAAACGGACUGAGCAUGAGCGACCUGAACAGCACCGUGGGGGUGUCAAAAUAA